AGUGAAAUAUGAAACCUCUUCCUGGUCCAGCCGUGUAUGUCAUGAUGUUGAAGAAAUUAAAGAAGUAGCGUAAAGCCAAUUCAAGAUCGUUGAUGGCAAUCAGCAUCCAGUUCUAGCUUAAUCUCGGACGACUAUCCGGAGUGCCGCAGGUUUUUUUUUCCGGUAAAGAAAACCCAAGAGGAGGAAAGAUGAAAGGAGAUACCGCAAAACAUGACAAAAUGGGCAGAGAAGAAAGUAAAGGCCAAGCAGAUGAUGGCUCCUCUCGUGUUAUAACUGUGGUGUUCUUGGCGCUUCUCAUUGACUUACUUGGAUUCACGCUUAUUUUGCCACUGCUUCCCUCUAUAAUGGAUUAUUAUGGCAGAACUGAUGAUGGUAUAUAUAGGACACUACAAAACACAGUGGAUUGGUUCAGUGAAAAAGUUGGUGUUCCAGAAGAAAGGAAAUAUAACAGUGUUCUCUUCGGUGGCCUGAUUGGAUCCUUAUUCUCACUGCUGCAGUUCCUUUCCUCACCACUCACAGGCGCAGCUUCAGACUAUUUUGGACGAAGGCUUGUAAUAAUGGUUUUAACGAUAGGACUGAUGGCUUCCUAUGCACUCUGGGCAGUUUCCAGAAGCUUCAGUAUUUUCCUCCUUUCACGAGUGAUUGGUGGAAUCUGCAAAGGGAAUGUUAGUCUUUGUACAGCUAUCAUUGCAGAUUUGCCCUCUCCUAGCCAGCGAAGUAAAGGAAUGGCAAUGAUUGGUGUUGCCUUUUCACUUGGUUUUACUUUUGGACCAAUGAUUGGUGCCUACUUUGCCAUCAGAGCCACGCAAGGAGAAAUUUUCUAUGUGGGCCCAGCACUCUUGGCUGUCCUGUUUUCCACCGCUGACUUGGCAUUCAUCUUCCUCAUGCUUCCAGAGACACUGCCUGAAAAAAACAGGGUGGCUUCAGUAACUUCUGGUUUUCAGCAGUCUGUCGAUCUCCUAAGCCCGUUAUCCUUAUUUCAGUUCUCUGCUUUAACUGCAAAAAAGGAUGCUCAUCACAAAGAAAGUCUACAGAACCUUAAAAUCUUGGGACUUGUGUACUUCUUAUACUUGUUUCUGUUUUCUGGACUUGAAUAUACCCUCAGCUUCCUUACUCAUCAGCGCUUCCAGUUUAACAGCAUGCAGCAAGGAAAGAUGUUUUUCUUCAUUGGCAUAACAAUGGCUGUCAUCCAAGGAGGUUAUGCUAGAAGAAUUGAGCCUGGGAGAGAAAUAAAAACCAUCAAACGAGCAAUAAUCCUUUUGAUCCCUGCAUUUGUUUUAAUUGGCUUGGCGUGGAGUGUCACUAUGCUGUAUGUUGGCUUGCUCCUGUACUCCUUUGCUGCUGCUAUAGUUGUCCCCUGCUUAUCUACACUUGUGUCUGCUUAUGGAAAUGUCAGCCAGAAGGGCACAUUGAUGGGCAUCCUCCGAAGCUUGGGAGCACUUGCAAGAGUUUUUGGCCCAAUUAUAGCAUCCAGUGUGUACUGGCUGUUGGGCGCAGAGGUGUGCUUCCUCACCAGCUCCGUCUUAUUUGUUGUUCCUCUUUUACUACUGAGGCAUAUCAGACAGACAAAAAUGAAGUGAGGCUGCAAUGGUAUCAGCCAUCAAAGAAAGCGGUUAAAUGAGAAUUCACUGCCCUAACAUACAAACCAUGGCAGCAUGCAAGGGCAGCUCAUUGGGGUUUCUUUACGUGGACCUGUGGCACUCAUCUAUGUCUUGCUUUCCUGUGGUGGAAAACAACGCCUUCACAUCACACUUCAAUGAAUUCUAUGCCAGUGUGGUGCCAUCUGGAGUCACUUGACUACAAGCUCGUUUGGGGUGUAAAACUCGACUCUGAUGUGCUUUCAGAAUAUAGUGCCUUUUGUUGACAAAGAAACAUCAUAUAUCCAAUUUAAAUAUCUUCAAGUCUAGUUUAUCGUGCAGCUGUGCCAGGGAAGUACAAUGCUGAAACAAAAGACACUUUUUUAUUGUCUUUUUUUUAUUUUGUAUCACAUAUGACCAAAUGAAUUUUCCACUGUUGAAAAAUAAAGAUCACCUUUCACCAA